AGAUGGUAGGACCGUCGAGACCACAGUUUGUGUUGUUUGGAUCUUCCAUUGUUCAGUAUAGCUAUUAUGAAGGUUGGGGAGCUACUCUUUCUCAUGUCUAUGCUCGUAAGGCUGAUAUAAUCUUGAGAGGAUAUGCUGCUUGGAAUUCAAGGCGUGCUUUGGAGGUUUUGGAUACAAUUUUUCCCAAGGAUGCCAAAGAACAACCAUCGUUGGUGAUUGUGUACUUGGGUGGAAAUGAUUCUACUAUACCGAAUCCAAAUGGCAUUGGUCCUCAUGUUCCUCUAGAUGAAUACAAGGAAAAUAUGAGAAAGAUUGCUACGCAUGUGAAGAACCUUUCGGACAAGACUCGCACAAUAUUUCUUACCACUCCUCCCAUCAAUGAGGCACAAAUCCUUCACAACAUGUAAUAAAUUGGUUAUUUUUAUUAUAUUUCUUUUAGAAUUAGGACAAACGAAGCUUGUAGAAUAUAUGCAGAAGCAUGCAUGGAGGUGUGUGGUGAGAUGAAUAUCAAGGGCAUUGAUCUGUGGUCUGCUAUUCAAAAAAUCGAUAACUGGCAAGAUGUUUGCUUCAGUGAUGGAAUUCAUUUGACAAAUGUGGGAAGUAAGAUUGUAUCAAAAGAGAUAUUGGAUGUACUUAAAGAAGCAAAUUGGGAACCUAGUCUUUAUUGGAAGGCAAUGCCAAGUGAAUUUGGAGAAGAUUCACCUUAUGAUGUUGUUCAACCUGAUGGAAAGACAACUUUUAAUAUGUCUAACCUUAUCUUUCCUGACAAUGACCAAUGGGACUAGGCUUUUAAA